GAGCAGAGCCCCAGUAACCAGACGUCUCUGGCCAUGAUGCAGGAGCCACAGGAGAUGGUGGAGGAGACGGUCACCAUCGAGGAGGACCCUGGCACGCCCACCUCCCACGUGUCCGUUGUCACCUCCGAUGACGGCACCACACGACGCACAGAAACCAAGGUACUGGGGGAAGCCAAGCUGACACACAGAUCACAUCACAUUAGGUAGUAGGUACCUACAGUGAGGGGAAAAAAGUAUUUGAUCUCCUACUGAUUUUGUACGUUUGCCCACUGACAAAGAAAUUAUCAGUCUAUCAUUUUAAUGGUAGGUUUAUUUGAACAGUGAGAGACAGAACGACAACAAAAAAAUCCAGAAAAACGCAUGUCAAAAAUGUUAUAAAUUGAUUUGCAUUUUAAUGAGGGAAAUAAGUAUUUGACCCCUCUGCAAAACAUGACUUAGUACUUGGUGGCAAAACCCUUGUUGGCAAUCACAGAGGUCAGACGUUUCAGGUAGUUGGCCACCAGGUUUGCACACAUCUCAGGAGGGAUUUUGUCCCACUCCUCUUUGCAGAUCUUCUCCAAAUCAUUAAGGUUUCGAGCUGACGUUUGGCAACUCGAACCUUCAGCUCCCUCCACAGAUUUUCUAGGGGAUUAAGGUCUGGAGACUGGCUAGGCCACUCCAGGACCUUAAUGUGCUUCUUCUUGAGCCACUCCUUUGUUGCCUUGGCCGUGUGUUUUGGGUCAUUGUAAUGCUGGAAUACCCAUCCACAACCCAUUUUCAAUGCCCUGGCUGAGGGAAGGAGGUUCUCACCCAAGAUUUGACGGUACAUGGCCCCGUCCAUCGUCCCUUUGAUGCGAUAAAGUUGUCCUGUCCCCUUAGCAGAAAAACACCCCCAAAGCAUAAUGUUUCCACCUCCAUGUUUGACGGUGGGGAUGGUGUUCUUGGGGUCAUAGGCAGCAUUUCUCCUUUUCCAGACACGGCGAGUUGAGUUGAUGCCAAUGAGCUCCAUUUUGGUCUCAUCUGACCACAACACUUUCACCCAGUUCUCCUCUGAAUCAUUCAGAUGUUCAUUGGCAAACUUCAGACGGGCAUGUAUAUGUGCUUUCUUGAGCAGGGGGACCAGGCGGGCGCUGCAGGAUUUCAGUCCUUCACGGCGUAGUGUGUUACCAAUUGUUUUCUUGGUGACUAUGGUCCCAGCUGCCUUGAGUUCAUUGACAAGAUCCUCCCGUGUAGUUCUGGGCUGAUUCCUCACCGUUCUCAUGAUCAUUGCAACUCCACGAGGUGAGAUCUUGCAUGGAGCCCCAGGCCGAGGGAGAUUGACAGUUCUUUUGUGUUUCUUCCAUUUGUGUAUAAUCGCACCAACUGUUGUCACCUUCUCACCAAGCUGCUUGGCGAUGGUCUUGUAGCCCAUUCCAGCCUUGCUUAGGUCUACAAUCUUGUCCCUGACAUCCUUGGAGAGCUCUUUGGUCUUGGCCAUGGUGGAGAGUUUGGAAUAUGAUUGAUUGAUUGCUUCUGUGGACAGGUGUCUUUUAUACAGGUAACAAACUGAGAUUAGGAGCACUCCCUUUAAGAGUGUGCUCCUAAUCUCAAUUCGUUACCUGUAUAAAAGACACCUGGGAGCCAGAAAUCAUUCUGAUUGAGAGGGGGUCAAAUACUUAUUUCCCUCAUUAAAAUGCAAAUCAAUUUAUAACAUUUUUGGCAUGCGUUUUUCUGGAUUUUUUUGUUGUUAUUCUGUGUCUCACUGUUCAAAUAAACCUACCAUUAAAAUUAUAGACUGAUCAUUUCUUUGUCAGUGGGCAAACGUACAAAAUCAGCAGGGGAUCAAAUACUUUUUUCCCUCACUGUAUGUGCUGGAUGAGAAGGAACUCAAGGCUCACACACUAUAUUUAAACUUUAAUGUGACAAAUUGUUUGGGGUGCUUACAACCCUGUGAAAUAUAUGUAGCAGGUUGCUGCAGUAAAACAACAUGAUGGCUGUUUUAUGAUAACACAGCAGCUAAAAGUUAAGAUCUCUAAGGCCAAAAGUUAAGAUCUCUAAGGCCAGAUGUUAAGAUCUCUAAGGCCAGAAGUUAAGAUCUCUAAGGCCAAAAGUUAAGAUCUCUAAGGCCAGAUGUUAAGAUCUCUAAGGCCAGAAGUUAAGAUCUCUAAGGCCAGAAGUUAAGAUCUCUAAGGCCAGAGGUUAAGAUCUCUAAGGCCAGAGGUUAAGAUCUCUAAGGCCAGAGGUUAAGAUCUCUAAGGCCAGAGGUUAAGAUCUCUAAGGCCAGAGGUUAAGAUCUCUAAGGCCGGAAGUUAAGAUCUCUAAGGCCCGGAAUCCUUUAGCCAGAGGUGUGUUCUAUCCUUUCCCCAAACCCAGAUGUUGUCUUAUAAGUUGGUGCUCCUUCUGUAUCAGCUCCUACAGUAUUUUGUGUUGCAGGUUCUUUUUUCUUGAUUGCCCUCUUGUGUUUUGUUGUUUCUAAAUAAGGAUAUGUCAACUAACCAGAAGGUGAGUUGGAAAACUUUACCCCCCCCCCCCCACCCCCUCUCAUCACUUUACUAUCAACUCACGUCACGAUUUUGUGUGUGCCCAUGUCAGCCACGCGCUGCCACACCCCUCAGCCCUGUCACACAGUCUGUCUGUCACUCUUACAGCAUCACAACCACCCCAACGCUCCACAGCUCCAGUACUCUUACCGUUACUGUCCUUCCUAAACACAGCUCACAGUUUUCACCCUUCAGUCAGCCCUGCUCCACGCCAUGCACACUACCUCUCCAGACAGUGUCUCAGUGCAGUGUACUUCCGGAUGGAAUGGGAAUGUGUGCCGAAUGGCACCCUAUUCCCUAUAUAGUGCACUAUAGCCCAGAGCUCUGGUCAAAAGUAGUGCACUAUAUAAGGAGUAGGGUGCCAUUUGGGACGCUGCCUGGGACUCACCCCACAUCUCCAGUAAAGCAGAGAUGUGUUCUGUUCUGACAGUCUGGUUCCCUAGGGAGAGACCCUAGGGAGGGACCCUACGGAGGGACCAAGGGUAGAGCUGCUGGCACACUAGAGACACUACAGAGUUUGUAAUUAAACAGACCAGCUAAUCGCUCUGUUUCACUGUGUGUAAGCUGCUAUCCUAUUGUAGGGGAUUGGACUCACUCACGCACACAAGCACACACUCACACACAAAAAACGAACUAACGCACACACAACUAAAUAAAACAUAAUCAAGGGCUAGGGCUUGGGCUUGGGGAACGAGGGUCACUGUUUUUAAGGACACUUAAUUCCACAGAGACUAGAGAGAGGAUGCUUUUGGGAAGUCAUUUUGAAGGGAAGAAAGAGAUUAAUCUACAGUGAAGGAAAAAAGUAUUUGAUCCCCUGCUGAUUUUGUAUGUUUGCCCACUGACAAAGAAAUGAUCAGUCUAUCAUUUUAAUGGUAUGUUUAUUUGAACAGUGAGAGACAGAAUAACAACAAAAAAAUCCAGAAAAACGCAUGUCAAAAAUGUUAUAAAUUGAUUUGCAUUUUAAUGAGGGAAAUAAGUAUUUGACCCCCUCUCAAUCAGAAAGAUUUCUGGCUCCCAGGUGUCUUUUAUACAGGUAACGAGCUGAGAUUAGGAGCACACUCUUAAAGGGAGUGCUCCUAAUCUCAGCUUGUUACCUGUAUAAAAGACACCUGUCCAAAGAAGCAAUCAAUCAGAUUCCAAACUCUCCACCAUGGCCAAGACCAAAGAGCUCUCCAAGGAUGUCAGGGACAAGAUUGUAGACCUACACAAGGCUGGAAUGGGCUACAAGACCAUCGCCAAGCAGCUUGGUGAGAAGGUGACAACAGUUGGUGCGAUUAUUUGCAAAUGGAAGAAACACAAAAUAACUGUCAAUCUCCCUCGGCCUGGGGCUCCAUGCAAGAUCUCACCUCGUGGAGUUGCAAUGAUCAUGAGAACGGUGAGGAAUCAGCCCAGAACUACAUGGGAGGAUCUUGUCAAUGAUCUCAAGGCAGCUGGGACCAUAGUCACCAAGAAAACAAUUGGUAACACACUACGCCGUGAAGGACUGAAAUCCUGCAGCACCCGCAAGGACCCCCUGCUCAAGAAAGCACAUAUACAUGCCCGUCUGAAGUUUGCCAAUGAACAUCUGAAUGAUUCAGAGGAGAACUGGGUGAAAGUGUUGUGGUCAGGUGAGACCAAAAUGGAGCUCUUUGGCAUCAACUCAACUCGCCGUGUUUGGAGGAGGAGGAAUGCUGCCUAUGACCCCAAGAACACCAUCCCCACCGUCAAACAUGGAGGUGGAAACAUUAUGCUUUGGGGGUGUUUUUCUGCUAAGGGGACAGGACAACUUCACCGCAUCAAAGGGACGAUGGACGGGGCCAUGUACCGUCAAAUCUUGGGUGAGAACCUCCUUCCCUCAGCCAGGGCAUUGAAAAUGGGUCGUGGAUGGGUAUUCCAGCAUGACAAUGACCCAAAACACAUGGCCAAGGCAACAAAGGAGUGGCUCAAGAAGAAGCACAUUAAGGUCCUGGAGUGGCCUAGCCAGUCUCCAGACUUUAAUCCCAUAGAAAAUCUGUGGAGGGAGCUGAAAGUUCGAGUUGCCAAACGUCAGCCUCGAAAUCUUAAUGACUUGGAGAAGAUCUGCAAAGAGGAGUGGGACAAAAUCCCUCCUGAGAUGUGUGCAAACCUGGUGGCCAACUACAAGAAACGUCUGACCUCUGUGAUUGCCAAAAAGGGUUUUGCCACCAAGUACUAAGUCAAAUACUUAUUUCCCUCAUUAAAAUGCAAAUCAAUUUAUAACAUUUUUGACAUGCGUUUUUCUGGAUUUUUGUUGUUGUUAUUCUGUCUCUCACUGUUCAAAUAAACCUACCAUUAAAAUUAUAGACUGAUCAUGUCUUUGUCAGUGGGCAAACGUACAAAAUCAGCAGGGGAUCAAAUACUUUUUUCCCUCACUGUAGAUCUAAGCCUCAGAAGAGACGGUUUUGACUGUUCCUUUAUAAUUGUGGCAAAUUGAUUGGCUAGGCAGCUUGUGAUGGAAGCCUGCACACGUGAUGUUUCCAGACUCAUCUUCACAUCUCUCUCUCUCACUCUCUCAUCUUUUGAAUUGAUGUAUUAUUGGCUUCCUUUGCACAGGAGGCUCUAGCUAGCUACGUACUGCUCAUGCAUUUCCUUUAAUGCAUUCUGAGUAUCCCCUCCAAUUACAGCAAGAUGAAACAUGAGGUUUUCACAUCUCUCUGCUUUUGGAAAAACAUGUUUUUUUAAAGCUAAACACAUUUGCACACAAAGCAAGCAGCAGUAUAGGCAGCAGUAUCAGUAGCCAGCCACCACACUAAAACAAACAGACCAUAACAAGGCCUGUGAAUGAAAUGGCUAACAUUUAAAGGCUAACUAAAGCCCAACUAUCUAUCCGCUCCAGCUGUAAAGGAGUGAGUCAGUGAGCUAUCUGGAUGGUAUGUGGAACUAGCUAACUGGUAAGAAGGGAAGGGGCUCCACCACACACACAUACAGUGGGGGAAAAAAGUAUUUAGUCAGCCACCAAUUGUGCAAGUUCUCCCACUUAAAAAGAUGAGAGAGGCCUGUAAUUUUCAUCAUAGGUACACGUCAACUAUGACAGACAAAAUGAGAAAACAAAAUCCAGAAAAUCACAUUGUAGGAUUUGUAAUGAAUUUAUUUGCAAAUUAUGGUGGAAAAUAUGUAUUUGGUCACCUACAAACAAGCAAGAUUUCUGGCUCUCACAGACCUGUAACUUCUUCUUUAAGAGGCUCCUCUGUCCUCCACUCGUUACCUGUAUUAUUGGCACCUGUUUGAACUUGUUAUCAGUAUAAAAGACACCUGUCCACAACCUCAAACAGUCACACUCCAAACUCCACUAUGGCCAAGACCAAAGAGCUGUCAAAGGACACCAGAAACAAAAUUGUAGACCUGCACAAGGCUGGGAAGACUGAAUCUGCAAUAGGUAAGCAGCUUGUUUUGAAGAAAUCAACUGUGGGAGCAAUUAUUAGGAAAUGGAAGACAUACAAGACCACUGAUAAUCUCCCUUAAUCUGGGGCUCCACGCAAGAUCUCACCCCGUGGGGUCAAAAUGAUCACAAGAACGGUGAGCAAAAAUCCCAGAACCACACGGGGGGACCUAGUGAAUGACCUGCAGAGAGCUGGGACCAAAGUAACAAAGCCUACCAUCAGUAACACACUACGCCACCAGGGACUCAAAUCCUGCAGUGCCAGACGUGUCCCCCUGCUUAAGCCAGUACAUGUCCAGGCCCGUCUGAAGUUUGCUAGAGUGCAUUUGGAUGAUCCAGAAGAGGAUUAGGAGAAUGUCAUAUGGUCAGAUGAAACCAAAAUAUAACUUUUUGGUAAAAACUCAACUCGUCGUGUUUGGAGGACAAAGAAUGCUGAGUUGCAUCCAAAGAACACCAUACCUACUGUGAAGCAUGGGGGUGGAAACAUCAUGCUUUGGGGCUGUUUUUCUGCAAAGGGACCAGGACGACUGAUCUGUGUAAAGGAAAGAAUGAAUGGGGCCAUGUAUCGUGAGAUUUUGAGUGAAAACCUCCUUCCAUCAGCAAGGGCAUUGAAUAUGAAACGUGGCUGGGUCUUUCAGCAUGACAAUGAUCCCAAACCCGGGCAACGAAGGAGUGGCUUCGUAAGAAGCAUUUCAAGGUCCUGGAGUGGCCUAGCCAGUCUCCAGAUCUCAACCCCAUAGAAAAUCUUUGGAGGGAGUUGAAAGUCUGUGUUGCCCAGCGACAGCCCCAAAACAUCACUGCUCUAGAGGAGAUCUGCAUGGAGGAAUGGGCCAAAAUACCAGCAACAGUGUGUGAAAACCUUGUGAAGACUUACAGAAAACGUUUGACCUGUGUCAUUGCCAACAAAGGGUAUAUAACAAAGUAUUGAGAAACUUUUGUUAUUGACCAAAUACUUAUUUUCCACCAUAAUUUGCAAAUAAAUGCAUUAAAAAUCCUACAAUGUGAUUUUCUGGAUUUUUUUUCUCAUUUUGUCUGUCAUAGUUGACGUGUACCUAUGAUGAAAAUUACAGGCCUCUCUCAUCUUUUUAAGUGGGAGAACUUGCACAAUUGGUGGCUGACUAAAUACUUUUUCCCCCACUGUACGCACGUGCACACACACACACACACACACACACACACACACACACACACACACAAAGGAAAGGGGCUCCACCACAUUCAUCCUCCAUCUCCCUCCCAAUACACUGUGCUUUUCUUUGGACAUUCUCCAGCUGCCCUCUGGCUGAAUGGUGAAUGUUGGGUGAAACACUACCACUGUUCUUUAAAAGAGGUCAAUGAAAACAAUCAAAAGCAGCGGCAUUCCACCCUGUCCUGUGGAUCGGCGUUAAUGAGGGUUAAGGCAGGUCAUAUAAGCAAAUAAAACACAACCAGGAGAAAGGUGCUAAUGGAAAGAACGAAAGCCACUCUGAUACAAAGUGCUAAACAGUCAAUUUGGUGAUCUUUUAUUCCUAUCUUGUUGAAUCAUGUAUUUUCAAACAACUGCCAAUGUUCUCUAUGUGAUUCCCAGUACUACCACCUCGGCCCUAAACACUUUCCCAUAGGUGACCAAGGUGAUCAAAACCAUCACCCGCCGCAGGUAUCUGCCAGUGACCGUCACAGAGACCCUGGUGGUGCCAGGAGGUUCCAUCACCCCGCAGUCCAAACCCAGCACCCCGGUGCCCACCACUUUUCCUACUACCACCCCCUCCCCAUCAGAGACAGACCCAGUAAAGAACACAAAGGCAUCCAAACCUCUGGUUUGUGGCUUGAAGUGAACCCCCAACCCCUCCCGCUUGCACCUCCCUGACUCUAAACCUCCCUAAAUGCUUCCACUAACCCCCAGCUGGUGUGUCAGUUUGAGAUCUGUCUGUCUAUAAAAGUUGAAUGCGGCAGAGAUGGUGAAAGUGUUACAGCACUAUAAAGACUGAAUGUGACGCCUGCCCUCCCUUCCUCCUCCCCCUUCAACAGCCUAACAGUUGGUAAACAUAGGCCCCAGUUUGACUACAGGCACCUUUCAUUACGGCAAGGGAGCGCACUGCCUUCGCCACAUGGCCCGGACACACACACACCAGCAUUUAGAGAUUCUCUUUUAGCCUGUUUACAGUGAUCUAGUUGGGCCCUUUCUGAAGCGUUAUCCCCAGUCCCAGUAGUGCUUGUUUAGCGUGUUGUGAUCUUCCAGCAGAUCAGAGUUCUGUUUGAAACCUGUCUGGCGUUUUUUUCAUGCUGUACCAGCGAAGGCUCUUUAGAAGUAAUGUUAGUACAAACAUGAAGUGUAUGUCUAGGCUUCUCUCCCUGGCUGAGUUGAAAGACGGCCUUGUGCAAGAUGGAGGGAGUUUGGGCCAUGGCAGAUUUUCAGCCUGUGGUUGAUUAGGACCAUAACCAGGAUUGAAGAACACUGCUGUAUAGUUUAGGGUAGUAAUCCUCAACCCCAGAUCUUAGAGAUCAUCUCCACACUUCAGCACAGUGUAGCAGGCAUAAGGUCCUUUUAAGUGAAGAGACCUAGUCCCACCCAGGCCUGGACUCAAUUACCACCCCCACCUCCAUUGAAAUGAAUGGCAAUAAAAGUAUCCUAAUCGACCAGCUCAGAAGAGAAGCCAGCCUGUUAUUUCAAGUCCAGCGGUGGCCUCGUGCUCAAGCUAUUUCAUUAAGUUAAGAAUCAGAAAAAGGCUUUAUUUUUAACAUGAAAGGGAUGAUUAUGUGCGAGUUACAUGCAAAGCCAGGGGGACCAGCUCUGCCAGCGUAGUGUGAAGUCACAAAAGAAGGGUGGUCUUUAGAUGUUACGGAUGCACUGUAAUUAUUCAGAGGAAAGGAACCUUGACAUGACUUCAAAUAGACAGUUUUUUGCAUGUUAGAAUUUAAAAUACCUCACAGUUUGAGAAAGGGACAGUGUGUGAACAAACUAAAGGCUUUGUGAAAGUGGGAUCAAGAUUAAAAUUCUUCCCUCUUUUUCUAAACUUUAAUGAGUGUGAAUGUUUAGCAUUUCUGAUUCACAUUUUGUUCCCUGCUUCAUCUUUUGAGGAGAUGUGUUUAAUACCUUAUUGAGGUUCCUUGUUAUUAUUUCAUGCCUUUGCUAAAAUUCUAAAUAAAAAUCUGAAUAAUCGCAUUGAUUGAAAAGACGGGAAAAAUACCCUGGUAUAUUAUAAUUACGAGUUCAGCAAAGUGGUUGUAUCAGAAAAUGUAACUAAACAGAAACCAGUCUCUUUCUGUGUUCAUAGGAAAAAGCUCCUUUCAGUGAAGUACUUGUCUGCCAGUUGAAUGGGAAUGAACCAUCUCUGUGCAUCUUGUCAGGCACAACACGAAUCGUAUCAGUCAGACAUAGGGCCCCCUACAAUGACGAUUCAUUUUCAUCAACCUCAUUAAUUUUGAAGAUUAAUUUAUAGCCGCGGACAAAAUAACCAAUUAUUGCCACUGCAGAAUUCACUGGGCAGCAAAUUGGUUUCUGUAUCGGUGCUGAACCACCGGAGGAGGCGAGAUGCGGCUAGCCCUCCCUGACUGCCAGACAGCUUCAGCACUCUCAGACAAGUAGGAGUGUGAUUUAUUAAGGACAAGGUGUAUAGACAUAUAUAUAUAUAUAUAUACACAGUUUACUAGUGUUUAUAAGACUGUCACAGUCACCAGUUAUGACUCUUAAUGCAUCCCAAACGGCACCUUAUUCCCUAUGUAGUGCACUACUUUUAACCAAAGCCCUAUGGACUGUGUAGGGAAUAGGGUGUCAUUUGGGGUGCAGUUUCUGACCAUGCAGCUUCAGUGGAAGUCAAGGUUCUGCGCACUGCAUCCCAGAAGAACGCUGUGUUGCCAUGUUAACUCUAUCCCACUAUCCAACAACAGUUGCUUUAAUUGGCUGUUGGUAGGCAGAUGAGUAGUUCUACAUAUAUAUGAAUAGGCUUUAGGCAAGGACAAAUAUCUCCAGGUGAUCUACUACUGCUACUGCACUAAUGGAUAGAUGUUUUUGCUCUUGGAACUAUUAUUGUAACGUCACAGAAUCUCAGCCUUACUUCCAACACAACCUAGCCUCAAGUAUUUGUAAUAGAAAUGAAUUAAAGGCAAUGGUGCGACCCUUUGUCACUGAGUUUCCCAAUGCAUGACCUUUGACCUGUUGUUGACAAUGCUUGCUGCCUGAUCAGUGUGAUACUAACGACUCCAGAGGUCACUCUUUAAAGGAACAAUGUUGUCCUCAUCUCAUUCCUCAGCCUCUCUCUCACUGUGUGGCAUCGGCAUCCCACUGGCCUGUCUGUGUGAUUCAACAGGCUACAUCGGUGUACUGUGUCCACGCUGUGUCUCAGUCCUAACCACCUGUCUCUCACUGUGGGUAACCUCGUCCCCAGCCUCAAUUGCUACCCUAUAGAGAGAGCUGUCUGGGGACGAGAUUAAUCUGUGGUCUCUCUGAAUGGUGGGACACCUCAACAUACAGUCGUGAUCAAAAGUUUUGAGAAUGACACAAGUAUUGGUCUCCACAAAGUUUGCUGCUUCAGUGUUCUUAGAUCUUUUUGUCAGUAGUUACUAUGAUACACUGAAGUAUAAUUACAAGUGUUCCAUAAGUGUCAAAGGCUUUCAUUGACAAUGACAUUCAGUUUAUGCAAAGAGUCAAUAUUUGCAGUGUUGACCCUUCUUUUUCAAGACCUCUGCAAUCCGCCCUAGCAUGCUGUCAAUUAACUUCUGGGCCACAUCCUGACUGAUGGCAGCCCAUUCUUGCAUAAUCAAUGCUUGGAAUAUUUUGUUCCCCGAGCCACUUAGUUAUCACUUUUGCCUUAUGGCAAGGUGCUCCUUCAUGCUGGAAAAGGCAUUGGUCGUCACCAAACUGUUCUUGGAUGGUUGGGAGAAGUUGCUCUUGGAGGAUGUGUUGGUACCAUUCUUUAUUCAUGGCUGUGUUCUUAGGCAAAAUUGUGAGUGAGCCCACUCCCUUGGCUGAGAAGCAACCCCACACAUGAAUGGUCUCAGGAUGCUUUACUGUUGGCAUGACACAGGACUGAUGGUAGCGCUCACCUUGUCUUCUCCGGACAAGGUGUUUUCCGGAUGGCCCAAACAAUCGGAAAGGGGAUUCAUCAGAGAAAAUGACUUUACCCCAGUCCUCAGCAGUCCAAUCCCUGUACAUUUUGCAGAAUAUCAGUCUGUCCCUGAUGUUUUUCCUGGAGAGAAGUGGCUUCUUUGCUGCCCUUUUGACACCAAGCCAUUCUCCAAAAGUAUUCGCCUCACUGUGCGCAUUCCUGAGCAAGCUCUGCACUGGUGGUGCCCUGAUCCCGCAGCUGAAUCAACUUUAGGAGACGGUCCUGGCGCUUGCUGGACUUUCUUGGGCGCCCUGAUGCCUUCUUCACAACAAUUGAACCUCUCUCCUUGAAGUUCUUGAUGAUCCGAUAAAUGAUUGAUUUAGGUGCAAUCUUACUAGCAGCAAUAUCCUUGCCUGUGAAGCCCUUUUUGUGCAAAGCAAUGAUGACGGCACGUGUUUCCUUGCAGGUAACCAUGGUUGACAGAGGAAGAACAAUGAUUUCAAGCACCACCCUCCUUUUAAAGCUUCCAGUCUGUUAUUCUGACUCAAUCAGUAUGACAGGGUGAUCUCCAGCCUUGUCCUCGUCAACACUCACCUGUGUUAACGAUACAUUCACUGACAUGAUGGCAGCUGGUCCUUUUGUGGCAGGGCUGAAAUGCAUUGGAAAUGUUUUUGGGGGAUUAAGUUUGCCAUUUUCAUGGCAAAGAGGGACUUUGCAAUUAAUUGCAAUUCAUCUGAACACUCUUCAUGACAUUCUGGAGUAUAUGCAAAUUGCCAUCAUCAACACAGAGGUAGCAAACUUUGUGGAGACCAAUACUUGUGUCAUUCUCAAAACUUUUGACCAAGACUGUACUGUUUAGUACAGUCAUUUCUGGGUGAUCAGAAUGCUUCAACAUUGUUUUCAUCAACUGUUGCUCAUGGUGUGGUCCAUACACAUGACACAGACUUCCAAGAUUGGGUAGUAACUGAUGAACCACUAAUGUAAUGAGGAUUAGGUAAUCAGUUGUUAUCUGUGUCUUUGUGACCUUGUCUCCUCCUCUAGGUGACUAAGAUGGUGAAGACGGUGACCACGCGGACGGUUCGCCAGGUGCCCCUGGGCCCCGACGGCCUGCCCCUUCCUGAGGGUUCGUCCCCGCUGGGCAGCUACACAGACUCCAUCGACCGGCGCUACCUGAAGAAUGGCGAGCGCUACAUCACCACGCCGCAGGCCACCUCCACGCUCACGCGCUCCUACAACAACUACAACGACUCCUACAGUGACGCGCUCCCCCCCGACCUUGGCGGGAGUCAGUACGGUGGGCGCCACUACGGCCUCCACGAUGGCUACGGCAUCGGAGACGCGACAGACAACUACGGCAGCCUGUCCCGCGGCGUCAACUUCCGGCCUCCCCGCUACCCCUACGCUAUGGCUAACAGCUAUCGGCCGGAGAACAGCUACGGGACCUUACCCAUCCGGAAGGAUGACUAUGGCCACGUGGCCCAGCCCCAGGUCCCCAUGGGCAGCAGCAGUGUGGAUCUGAACCGGUCGCAGCCAGAACGCUUCCAGCCAGAGCCCUACGGACUGGAGGACGACCGCCGCAGCCUGGGCCCCGAGGAGGAGGAGCCCUAUGACCUGGAGCCUGACUAUUCCACCGUUAGCCGGCGCCAAGGUACGCUGCCAGGCACCAACCGCGGCAGAACCAUGAGAGAGCCGCUCCGCGACGGGCCACGCAUCAGGUGA